GGAGAUUUAGAUAUAAACUUUAUAACUGAACGAGAACAUCAUAGUUAUCGAUAAUCAAGCAGUGCUUAUUCAUAUUGAUUAUGAUACUAGCUGAAGAAGUCUAGCAGAACAUAGAACAUCGUUAUAUGUCAUCGUUCUGAAUUAUUUGAUGUGCAGGGAAAAGCUGAUUAUAUUCCUAACCGAAAGGAAGCACCGAAAGUUUUAAAGCUGUACUAAACGCAAUAUCGCGUUAAUGCUGCUGACGACCCGGUGACAAUUUAUUCUUUUCCCCGCAACAUACUUUAAAACUUUCGCUAUGAUUGGGCCACAAUAUAACCUAAAUGGAAGCUGCGUUACAUCCUCGCGCUCCGAUUACAUCGUUAAAACAAUUCAAUGCCAACAAUGCCAUACCAGCUGGCAUAUGCAUUGUACUGAAAGAACUACACCUAUAGCCACUCGCACGUGGACGUGUCGAAAGUGUCUACCUAUUGCCAAACCUGUUUCACGAAGCAGUAAAUCAGCUCUCAUUGCUUUGCGAUUGCAGCAGCUGGAAGAAGAGCGCGCAAUCCUACAGCGUGAGCGGGAGGCCGAGAGAAGAUCACUGGAUCAAGAAAGAAGAACUCUACAUGAGAAGUAUAAGCUGCUAGAGCAUCAGCUAGAAUUACGCCGUAAGGGAACCUACCACAUUCGAGUAGACAUUCAACCCAGUUUGCGACCAGAAUGUGUGGAGCGUCCUGUGUGGUGUGCGGUCGACACUAGCCAUGUAAUAGAACGAGAUCUAUUCAACCAUGCAGAAACAGAACUAACCCAUAUCAAGGAACAUCGAUUGAUACAUUCUUCAUUUGGUCAGUUACAUUUGAACGGGAUUCAGCAGCACAAGACUAGCGCGUUUCCUCAAACUGAUCCGAAGAUAUACAGUUUAGCGACCGAGAAUAACCCGAUCUGUUUCGGAUCUACAACGCUCACGCUAGUGAAUGUAAUUCAGCUCGACAUCAAAUCAUCCAGAAGGGAUAAUAUUCGGACGCAAUUAUCCACUGUUAUUCCGACGCAACGCAUACCUAGAGAUAUAUUUUGUCUAGCGAAUUUGAUCGCAAGUCAAGUUUUGCUAAGUAAACUAUCGAUGAUCCCGAGUAUUGGUUUCCAAUUGCGCCCAGAAGUACUGAUGAAAGUGUCAUUGGGUAGAAUACGUUCGGUCCCAACAUCGAAAUCCAGAAAAACAAAACUGCUCAUCGAGUUUGUGUCGGGCGUAAAUUUGUUGUGCAACCAAACGAAAGCUGCGGGACAAGAUUACCAUUCGAUAAAUCUGCAACCUCUAAUGGAUUCAGUCGGAAGGUUACCUCGCUAUGUAGAAGCGAAAUGGACAAAUUGUCUACAAAAUUAUUGGAAAGUGAAAUUUGAAAUAGUUGUUAGCUCUAUUAACGAACUAGUUGAAUUCGCGAGUACGGUGGCCCCAUAUACCAAUGAAUUUUCUGGAGUUUGUUUUACUGAUAUGAAUGUGUGUGCCGGGAGAUUAAACAACACUGGUAAAAGUAAUUUAGAGAAACGAGAGCAAAAUGAACCGGGUGAUGUUUGCAAAGAACGUGGACGUUUGUUCCGAAGACGUGGCAGAAUUAAAGCACUCUCAAUCGAUAAUCGUUGUGAAACAGGGCUAAUCUGUAAACGCGUUUUUAGUAGCUGGAAUCCGGCACAAGAAACUGUGAGGAUGCAAAUAUAUGUAACAACUGUGAAUAUGAAAUCCCCAGCCGUUCAGUGCUUCGAUGGAAACGUAUUGAAGCUAUUUCAAACACAUUCUCGAGAAGAAUUUGGAAGGGAAGCAGUUUCAUCAUUCACUGUUUCGUGUAACACUCGUUAUGUACGGGCCUAGGAAAUCAGAGAAAAUGUAUACCUUCCAUCCUUCAGCUCGUGUUUGUGGUAUAUACGUUUGCUAAAAAGCUUUUAAUUGAUGAGAAAGUAACUCCAGUACCUUGGACUGCAUGUUCUGGUCGGAGUCGGCACAGAAUUUAUGGAAUCACCAAAAACCUGUUAUCAAUUUCUAUCUCAUUGUUACUCUGCCUACUACAAAAGAAGAUAUUGAGGAGGCGAUUGGUGCUGAAACUCGCAUGGGAUUGUGAAUGUAUAAGAGAGGCAGUUAUCAUUCUUCGAAUUCAUUGAUCUUUGACGCCAGUAAUGAAGAGACAAACCAAUGAUUUUAUUGGUGCAGGAAACCCCGUCGUUGUGAAGAAGAAGUUGAUGAAUAUUCUAGGUUCAUGUGAGCAUGUACGAAAAAGUAGUGGAAGCAAACAAUGUAGAGUCAUACUAGGUAGGCAUGUCCGAGCAAUCUUGUUGAUGUAGUUAGAGCUGAUUGACAAUUGUUUGAUCACAAAUAUGUUAUUGAUAGAGAAAAUUUUCCAGGAGUUACGAAAAUCAUUGCUAAGCCGACAGCGGGUUUGAGAAAUAAGUGACAAUGUGUAUAGAAGUUUUGAAGAUUGUAUUGGUUUGUAGGUAUCGAAGUCAGAAAUGGUAUAAAAAGGUUCGUUCGUAGUCUCAAUAUUUAGCAUGGUAAAACUGGAACCGAUGGCCAGUGUUACGGGGGGGAGUAUGUUGCCGCUGGCUACACUGCCGUUGAUAGAUUGCGACCACUCAUGAGAAACUGUGAAGACAACCAAUCUGACAAUCCAAUCUGACAAGAGAUACGAGGGAGAUUUAGAUAUAAACUUUAUAACUGAACGAGAACACCAUUGUUAUCGAUAAUCAAGCAGUGCUUAUUCAUAUUGAUUAUGAUACUAGCUGAAGAAGUCUAGCAGAACAUAGAACAUCGGUUAGGUUCAAAGUUAAAUACCUUUAGCUCAAAAUUAAUGAUAUUUGAUUGCAGUUAUGUGCCAUCGUUCUGAAUUAUUUGAUGUGCAGGGAAAAGCUGAUUAUAUUCCUAACCGAAAGGAAGCACCGAAAGUGUAAGAAUAUUAUCUCGUUUUAUAAUUAGAACAUUUUCGCCUAAUAAAUCUACUUGCAGUUUAAAGCUGUACUAAACGCAAUAUCGCGUUAAUGCUGCUGACGACCCGGUGACAAUUUAUUCUUUUCCCCGCAACAAUCAUAGU